AUGCGCUCGCAAUCAACAUUUGAUAUAGGGACACUAAACAAGGUUGAAGAAGUGUUCAGGCAACAUGUUGGAGACAACCAGGAGCUACAACUUGACCAGUUCAAGGAAAUCGUCCAGUCGAAGAACACGUUCUUCAGCGAGCGUAUGUUCAAGCUAUAUGAUACUGACAACUCUGGGUCAGUGUCUCUCGAAGAGUUUCUAAGUGGGAUUAAGAAAUUCGCCCAACAGGGUCCAGAAGAAAAACUGAAGGUCGUAUUCGACAUCUAUGAUAUAGACGGUGACGGAUUCCUUGAGAGAGCCGAAUUAUACACUGUAGUCAAGGCGUGUAUGCAGGAAAAUGGUCUGAGCUUUACUAAUGACCAGAUAGAAGACCUGACCGGCACUUUAUUUGAAAAAGCCGACGUUGAUCACAGUGGGUCAAUCUCUUUUCAAGAAUUUCGAACCCAAUUAGAGCGAUACCCUGGUCUGACUGAGAACUUGUCAAUCAGUGUGGAGAAAUGGCUCUUGCCACCCCUUCGAAGAUCUCUAAUGAAUCGUCUCAAAGAUUGUUUACCUCGGAUGCUGACGUGGCAAUAUAUACGUAACAACAGCGUCAGUGUUGCUUUUCUAUUGGUCUACCUUGCGAUCAAUAUUACUCUUUUUGUGACGCAGAGCGUUCAGAUGAUGAAGACGGAGGAGUCUCCGGGAGACAUGCUUACGAAGCUGUUCAAUCAGCCUAUUCCGAGUUUUGAUAUAUUUAUGAGCAGCGAACAUACACUCUCGUUACACGUCAGAGCAGUGGGAGAGUGGACAAAUCAGCUGUGGACUUAUUUCGACAAACAAAAUAAGUUUUCUGAAGAUGCUAGUUACUAUGUCCCCAAUAAACAAUAUUUUCCGGACAUAGAAGAAAAGUGCGCUUUUCUAACACGAUCACCACCAACAUAUGACGUCACUUCGGAUCGACAAGAUGGUCAACAGAAAGAUUACAUUGACCCUGGUACAUCUGUAAACAGUGAUGUGAGUCGAGAAAAGGAAACGCACGAAGAGAAUAGCCCCAGAAAUACGAAUAAAGGUAGCAACAAGGAUGACAUGUUGCAAGACCAGAUACAGGAAGGGGCAAAUCCCUUAAACGAAGAUCGUAACAACAACAUGUUGCAAGACCAGAUACAGGAAGGGGCAAAUCCCUUAAACGAAGAUGGUAACAACGAUAAAUGUUUACAAAAAUCAGGCCAACAAUGUGUAACUCCAAAGAAUCGAUAUGAAGAAGAAAUAAAACUGGAAAUAGAAAGAUCAUCUUCAUCUGACUCGACCAGGAGGAGAGCUAGAAUUCCCCACCCGAAGAAGAGACUACUUGAUGCCACCCUUAAGGAGGGUGGGUUUAGAAAAACCUUGCCAACAGUCGUAUUUCCUAUAGCCUGGGAAAGUGGUGAGGAGGAGGAGAAACUUGGAGAAUUCCCAACAUUUUCAUGGAAUAAAACACUUGACACAAAACACGUCAUUGAAGCGAAGAAACCGUUAAAGGUGGUCUUGGAAGGUCCUUACGGUUUGUCAACCCGACAGAUUUUCUGGUCUCAGCACGCUGUGCUCAUAGGUACUGAGAUAGGAGUGACACCGUUUGCUAGCAUAUUGCAGAGUAUCAUGAUAAGGUACCAACAAUCCAGAAUGAAGUGCCCCAGCUGUGAUCAUCAAUGGCUGAACCUCAUUCCGCGCACCAGUCGCGAACUUCGUAAGGUUGAUUUCAUUUGGCUAAACCAGGAACAGCGAUCAUUCGAAUGGUUUAUCAGUCUUCUGAGUGACCUCGAAAUUCAGCAGGCAGAGACUGAAAGCACAGAUGACCGCUUUUUGGACAUUCACAUCUUCAUUACGUCGGCUCUUCACGUGAAUGAUAUGAAGGCUCUGGGCCUACAGUUGGCGCUAGAUUUGCUUCACGAAAAAUCGACAAGAUGUUUAAUUACUGGUUUGAAAACUAGGACGCAGCCAGGCCAACCAGACUGGGACAGGAUGUUUCGGGAGUUGUCUGACCAAAGGAAGGGAAAAGUAACCGUUUUCUACUGUGGACCUCCGAACUUGGACAGGAUUCUUCGUAAAAAGUGUAAUGAAUAUAAUUUCUGGUUUAGGAAAGAGAAUUUCUGAAGAACAAGUUUUAAAACGGAGGUGUGAAUCCCUUGAAUAAAGUUAAAUCUUCAAUCACCCCAGA